ACUACAUAUAAAACUCCAUAGAUACAUACAUCUUCCCUAUUAUGUGUGUUAUCUUGAGGAACAAAACCAUGCAUCGACUGUCUUAUCUAGACCACUUUUUAAAUAAAGUUAAUUGAUGACGCCAAGAAAAUACCUCACCAAGAUGGCGUCCGUGGACGUGGAAGAUGAGAGUAUUUUGGCUUCGAUUUUUAAAGACAGUUUCCCAGAAAACUGGCGAGAGAACCCGGAUUUCGCGGCGUAUCUCUCGGAGCUAAGCUCAUAUGGAGUAGAAAAGUUAAACAGGGAGCCAGAAAGGUUGUCGGAGGAGCGAGCUCAGAUUCUUCAACAGACCCGAGAGCUGGCCUUCUCCAACUACAAAAUCUUUAUCCGCACAGCCGAGUGCACUAAAGAGAUCUAUCGGGACUUCGGGCUGGUGGAGAGUAGCGUCUCACGGCUUCUAGAUAAGCUACCAGGCUUUGGGGAAAAAUGCAGAGGUUUUGUAAAGGAGGCAGAGGAGAUUGGAGCCAGUCGGCGGAUGAACAGCCUGACCCUGAAUCGACACACAGAGAUCCUGGAGAUUGUGGAGAUCCCCCAGCUCAUGGACACCUGUGUCAGGAAUGGCUACUAUGAAGAGGCUUUGGAGCUGGCUGCCUAUGUCAAGAGACUGGAGAAGAAGCACUCCUCCCUUCCUGUUAUACAGGGCAUCGUGAAUGAAGUGCGGCAGUCUGCCCAGCUGAUGCUGAACCAGCUCCUCCAGCAGCUUCGCAGCAAUGCCCAGCUGCCAGUCUGCCUGCGCGUGAUCGGCUACCUGCGGCGCAUGGACGUCUUCACAGAGGCCGAGCUGCGCAUCAAGUUCCUGCAGGCCCGGGGAACCUGGCUGCGCUCUAUCCUGGGCUCCAUCCCCACCGAUGAUCCUUACUUCCACAUCACCAAGACCAUUGAGGCAAGCCGGGUUCACCUGUUUGACAUCUUCACUCAGUACCGUGCCAUCUUCUCCGAUGAGGACCCCCUCCUGCCCUCCAUCGGGCAGAUGGUGAAUGAGAGUGCCAUCUUCCAUGGCUGGGUGGUGCAGAAGGUGUCAGAGUUCCUUCAGACGCUGGAGACAGACCUGCAGCGAGGGGUGGGUGGCCGGCUGGACUCUCUGCUGGGCCAGUGCAUGUACUUUGGCCUGUCCUUCAGCCGAGUCGGGGCAGAUUUCCGAGGUCAGCUAGCACCCAUGUUCCAGCGAGUUGCUCUGGAAACAUUCCACAAGGCUGUGCAGGAAGCUCUCAGCAAGUUCCAGGAGGAUAUGAAUAUGUAUACUCUGAUCUCAGCCCCUGCUGUGCUGGGCAGCACCAUCCCUCAAGUGUCCCCCAGCAGCCAGCCUGGGACCUUGCAGCCUCCCAUGACACUACUGGACUUCCCGCCCUUGGCUUGUUUCCUCAAUAAUGUUCUAGUGGCUUUUAAUGACCUGCGCCUCUGCUGCCCUGUCGCUCUGGCUCAGGAUGUAACCAUGUGCUUGGAAGACGCUCUUGUCAAAGUGACAAAGGUUAUCCUGGUGUUCCACCGUGCAGAGGAGACGGCGUUCAGCAGCAGGGAGCGGGAGCUCUUCCUCCAGUUCUGUUCUGCCUUCGCCGAGGACAUGGUCCCCUUCCUCAAUCGCUGCUUACAGGUCCUCUUCCCACCUGCCCAGGUUGCACAAAUACUUGGAAUCCCACCAACUCAGGUUCACAAAUAUAUUUCCCUGGGUUGCAUCAAUAUGAAUAUGGUUCUGGAGCCUCUGGAAUUCAUUUUACCCAAGAAGGAGCUCCCCUCUGUUGGCCCAGUUACCAGCAGUGACCUGGAGACCAUGAUGCCACCUGGCCCUCAGAAGGGGCUUAGUGCCGCAGCAGAGUCUAGUUCUGUACCGGUGGAAGAUCAGAAGGGUGAUGUGCCUGUUCAGUACACAGGUUCCACUUCUACAAUUUCAAGUGAAGAAACACCAACUGAGAACACACAAGUAACACCUGAACCAGAGUUGACCUGAGACAGACUCCAUGACUGUUCACAUUUAAGUUUUUUUAUAUAUAUAGCUAUGGAGCAUUUCUAACCUGGAAAGCAGGUUUGUGCACCAACCAAGUGAAAAGAUCAUAUGAAGAACAUUAAAUCUAGAGUUUGUACUGUACAAAGUGAUAAGUGAUACACCUGUGAAGCUAAUGUGGUUCAUUUUAACUUGCAGAUAAUGGCUGGAAUCUAAUUUGUUACUUCCAUCCUUAUCACAUUUUUUUUACCCAAAAGUGUAUAUUUACCUUUGUCAUUUGUUUUUUGAUUUGUGAGAAUUGGUUAACUUUUUUGUAUAUAUUCCUUGAAGUAUCUGGGUGAUGGUACUUUGGGGGUGUAAAUGAAAUUAAUAAAUCUAUUUAAUAUUGAUGAUUCUAAGAACGUUUAGGUUGGUGUAGUUUAACUGCCUUCAUUGAGAUCUGAGAGUAUAUAUAAAAAUAUGUAUAUAUAAUUAUAUAAAAACCUCUUGUCCUUUACUGGCAUCAUUGAUGCAUCAUGUCCUAAGAUAGAAUCAUAAUGCAAUUUUUUAGCAUGUAAAAUGACAAAAGAAAUGACAAAAAAAAACAAUUAACAUGUUUUUUAUUGCUUGAAUGUAAUGAUUUGGAAUAAGGUCUUACAUAUAUUUUCCACAGGCUGUAAUCCAACCUGUGUAAAUUGUUCAGUACACCACAAAUGUGUGUCAUGGUUGCAGAGUUUUCAUUUUGAAAUUGAUAACAAAUAAAUUGCAUGUCAACAAUAAAUACAGGUCCUUAUUUAGUUAAAAAUACAUUCCUCCUGUUAAACCCCUUCUACAUGUUGCGGUGCAGAAGAUAAAAAGCCAUUACUGUGCAUCUCUGAAACAACCUUUUUUCUAUUAAUCAGAACAGCUGUUAGUAUUGUCUGCUUCACCGCUGCAUUGUGCUAAAUUCAGUGCCGUAGUAAAUGGAGAUUCUCCUUCAAAUCUGUAUAAAAUAAGAUUUCCCCAUAAUUAUAUUUGCACAUUGUUACAGUAGUGUACAAAGCUGUUAGUAUUUGGGAGGGAUUUGCACAUCCAAGAACUUACACAUCAGCACUCCAAAAAAGGUAUAAACAACUACUACCUGCACACAGCACUGCUUGGUCAGUUUCCACUUAUGCAAAUUGCAGAGAUGUUUGGUAAAAUUCUUCCUGUCAAGCACCUCAUUCUACUUCUUGCUAUUCCAUUAAAGAGUCAUAUAGAAUUUAAAUUGAAGAAUGGUGAUAAACAUUUUUUUUUGUUUAACCCUUUGCGGUCCAUUGUCGGACUGGGUCCGACAUUGCAAUUAUUCCUCACAGGUCCUUUGUCGGACUGGGUCCGACAUCAUUAUAGCAACGCAAUAAACGGGUGUUUAGUCGUUUUUUCUCCGGAAAAAGCCGAGAAAACCAUUCAAUUGCCGAGUGGUAGCGACAGGAGCCGAGACA